GUCAAGGUUGGUGCCUGCUUGCAGGAAAAAUGGAGGGAAUUACGUCGCCGCGUCUGCGCAGUGCUGACAAAACAGGACCGGAACAAGUAUUUUUCCUCGUUUCGUUCUCAUUCUGUUGUUUCGGAGCGGAAGAGGUGUCGUUGUCGAGCACUGAGCCGUUUGCUAAUCUAAAAAGCAUAUAUAAUCACGAAACCAUGUCUGAUGAAGGAAAGCUUUUUGUUGGUGGGCUGAGCUUUGACACAGAUGAACAAUCACUGGAGCAGUUAUUUUCCAAGUAUGGUGAAGUUCGUGAUGUCCUUGUGAUCAAAGAUAAAGACACACACAAAUCUAGAGGGUUUGGUUUUAUUACUUUUGAAAAUCCUGAUGAUGCAAGGGACGCCAUGGCCAUGAAUGGAAAGUCAGUUGAUGGUCGACAAAUUCGCGUAGACCAAGCAGGAAAAGGCUCUGGAGGGAGAGGACGAAGUUACCAAGGUGGUCAGUCACGAAGUUAUGGAUUCCGUGGUGGGAGAAGUAACCGUGGAUUUUACAGAGAUUCUGACAGAAGUGGACGAAGCAGUUACGGAAAUGACUAUUAUAGGAGUCAAAGCUCAAACUUGUAUGGCUAUAACAGUUCAGCUGGAAGGUCUUAUCGAGAUGACUACGACAGUUAUGCUACAAAUGAAUAAUCAAUCUCCUUGAAUCAAGAUCAUCAUCCUUUUGGCUCUUGAGUUUUGGAACUACAGAAAAAAGUUGUCUUCUGAAUUAUAUGUUUAACAUUUAUCAAAAUUAUUAACAGUAAUAACUUCUGACUUGAAUGUGCAUUUACUUUUAGGUCAAUGACCCAUUGAAUCUAUGGCAAUUUUUUUCACUUUUAGGCCUAUAGCUGUAAAGGCAGACUUAAUCAUCAUUUUCCUGUUGGAAUCUUGAUCAGUUCUUGCCCGUCUAACCAGUUUUUCUUUCAAUUUUUGAUGUUUCCCCCUCUGCUGCCUAUAAUCAGUCUCAGCUGCAGAGAAUUUGACUUUGUCUUUCAUUGUCUAAAUAAAAUUAUACACUUGACUUUCCUGAUGGUAAAUCAACAUUCAGUCGUUCUGCCUGUCAUUGAAAGUUACAGUAGAAUGUUUGAAUCUGCUGGAUCUUACACUUGGAUUGUUUAGAAACAAAUUACAAAAAAUCUGAUGGGCUUGUUUUUGGAAAAUUAUAUACUGAUAAAGUUGGCCAUUUGUUCAUGCUGUAUUUCAUGCUCAAGGAUGAAAGUUUUUUUUGUAUAAACUUGGCUUUUUGGAAACCGAUUAAAGAACCUUGCACCACGA